AUGUCUUCGAAUAUCUUUGUUCCAGUUAGCACGGGCGCUCUUCCCAGCGUGAUAGGCAGUCGGCCUGAUCACCCUGUCCCCCGCUUGGGCAUUUCAAACCAAUCCACACCACUAUCAACAAACAAAUUCUACGCAAAUCUGUUUUUGGGGAACCAAAACCAAGGGGCAUGGACCCACCCAUACUCUGUUUCCUGGGCCAAAGGAACAGGGAAUGCGGCAAGCUGGGGCCUGAGCGUCUCACAUAUUGAAGCAAGCCAGAGAGCGUACGGCCCAGGAAAUCCAGUGCAGUAUUUUAUCAAUCCCAUUGGUAUUCAGUCAAUGAUUCUAUCUGCUGUUGGGCUUGGAAGCGAUACCACUCUUACAACGAGUGAAUUGACUGCUUUCUCUGUGAAUGUGCAUCUAUCCCAGAGCGCAGGCGCACCUCCAGCAGUCACGAUUCCACUUGUUCAAGGCAUGGGAUUUAUCACUGCCAUCUAUAGCUAUUCUGCACCAGUCAUCCAGAGCAGCGUCUUUUUCCGCUCCUUGAGCGCCGUCCAAUCACCCCAGAGCGGCGUCGCAAAGUAUCAAGUCACCCUUGAGGAUAACAGCAUUUGGCUGAUCUACCUGACCGCCUCUAGUGGAUCACCAGUGGCAUUGCAACAAAUCUCAAACACAGUUAUCCAAGCGCCCGCGGAAUUUAAUGGGACUGUACAGAUUGCAAAGGUCCCGCAAGGCAAUACCACGGCUCAAAGCACCUACGAUGCAGCUGCCGGUGUAUAUGCGACGACGGCUCAAGUCUCAGGUAGUGUCUCCGGAAGUGUUGGCAGCUACAGCCUGAGCUGGACAAAAGCCGGGAAGACCAGCAACACGCUGCUCAUGUUUGCCCUUCCUCACCAUGUGCAGUCAUUCUCCUCUGGGACCAAGUCUGGUGUGACUGGCAUCCAACUCCAAACAACGACAAAGGGAAUCGCAACUGCAGUCGUCGCAGACUCAUGGACUUUGACCGAAAGCAGUCUCCCGACAGACAUGGGAUUUGCGCCUUGGAGCCCAUCGCUACGCAGCGUCACAAGCCUUUCGGCGGCUGCUAUUCAGCUGAUUCAGAGCGUGGGGGCUAGCGAAGUAUCCCAGGACAUGAAUGCGCAAACCAACUUGAAUAGCAUGUAUUUUAGUGGCAAGGCGCUUAGCAAGUUUGCAACUAUUGUUUACACCUUACACGAUCUUGGUCAGCGGCCCGACUUGGCAGCCACUGGGCUUGCUUCAUUGAAGAAAGCAUUUGCGCUUUUCGCUUCGAAUCAACAACAAUAUCCGUUGGUCUAUGAAACGGCCUGGAAAGGUGUCGUCUCCACUGCCUCUUAUGCAACAAAUGAUAGCGGAGCAGAUUUCGGCAAUACUUAUUACAAUGAUCACCAUUUCCACUAUGGCUAUUUCAUCCAUACCGCCGCUGUCAUCGGCUACCUGGACCCGUCCUGGCUAGCUGCCAAUCAAGCGUGGGUUAACAUGCUUGUUCGCGAUGUGGCCAACCCGAGCACUGCCGACCCUUACUUUCCUGUUUCGCGUUCCUUUGAUUGGUAUCAUGGGCACUCAUGGGCAAAAGGCCUCUUCGAAUCUGGGGACUCGAAGGACGAAGAGUCAUCCUCUGAAGAUGCGAUGUGCGCAUAUGCGAUUAAGAUGUGGGGCAAGACGAUUGGUGAUGCCAACAUGGAGGCUCGAGGCAAUCUGAUGCUCGCAAUCCUUGCGCGGACACUGCACGACUACUUUUUGAUGGAGAGCACUAACACUAUUCAGCCCGCUAAUUUCAUAGGCAACAAGGUCACGGGAAUUUUAUUCGAGAAUAAGAUUGACCAUACGACAUACUUUGGAACGAACCCUGAAUAUAUUGAAGGAAUUCACAUGAUUCCAUUGAACCCUAGCUCGGCAUUGACACGAACUCAAAAUUUUGUGUCGGAGGAGUGGGCGACGUACUUUAACAAUGGCCGCGUCGAUCAAGUCGCAGGCGGCUGGAGAGGCAUAUUAUAUGCUAAUCUGGCCAUUAUCGACCCCGUCACAUCGUAUAACUUCUUUGCCCAAAGCAAUUUUGAUGCGAGCUGGCUUGACGGAGGGGCCAGCCGCACGUGGUAUCUGGCUUACAGUGCUGGUGAGUGCCUUUUGUUUAAUUUUUUUUUUCUCUUCCUUUCUCUCCCCUUCUUUACCCCUGCUGACGAGCCUUCAAGGUCUUGGCGGAUCGAAAUGAUUGCAAUUUGCAUUUUGUAG